AUGUUCUCCUCCAUGGUGAGCGCGGCUUCCAAGCUGGUCGCCGGUGCCAAUCUGCCGUACGAACUCGGCGAGGAGUACGCCUCGUUUGCCGGAAAGACGCCGUGGCGGCUGUACGCCGGCAAGUCGCGGAAGCUGGAGUGCGACGUCACGGUGUUCCUGUACGACAUCAAGAAGGGGACGGACGCGCAGACCGAGCUGGCGCGCAACGCGAUGCGCCGGUACCGCACGCUCAAGCACCCGUACUGCGUCAAGUGCCUCGACGCGGGAGAGCUCGCCGACAACGGGCUCAUCUUUCUGCUGACAGAGCCG